AUGUAUUUAUCCCCCCCUCUCUCUCUCUCUCUCUCUGGCUUUCUCUCUCACUCUUUCUUUCUCUCUCUCUCUCUCACACACACACACUCUGUCUAUCGUUCUCUCUGGCUUUCUCUCUCCAUCUUUCUUUCUCUCUCUCUCUCUCUCUAUCUCUCACUCUGUCUAUCGUUCUCUCUAGCUUUCUCUCUCGCUCUUUCUCUCUCACUCUUUCUCUCUCUCUCUCUCACUCUCACCCUGUCUAUCUUUCUCUCUAGCUUUCUCUCUCGCUCUUUCUCUCUCACUCUUUCUCUCUCUCUCUCUCACUCUCACCCUCUUUCUCUCAUGUUCUUUAUCUUUCUCUCUCUCUCACUCUGUCUAUCGUUCUCUCUAGCUUUCUCUUUCCCUCUUUCUCUCUCACUCUUUCUCUCUCUCUCUCUAUCUUUCUCUCUGGCUUUCUCUCUCCUUCUUUCUCUCUCCUCCUUUCUCUCUCAUUCUUUCUCUCUUUUUCUCUUUCUCUCUCACUCUUUCUUUCUCUCUCUCUCUCUCUCACACUAUGUCUAUCUUUCUCUCUGGCUUUCUCUCUCCCUCUGUCUCUCUUUCUCUCUCACUCUGUCUUUCGUUCUCUCUGGCUUUCUCUUUCACUCUUUCUCUCUCAAUCUCUCUCUCUCUCUCUCUGUCUAUCUUUCUCUCUGGAUAUCUCUCUCUCUCUCUCUCUCUCUCUCUCUCUCUCUCUCUCUCUCUCUCUCUCUCAUUCCUCCAAGACUCCGUAAAACCACAUCUCUUUUGCUCCGUGUCUCGUCUUCGACUCUUUUGCUACGUGUCUCCUCUUCCUCUCUUUUGUUUCGUGUCACCUCUUCGUCUCUUUUGCUUCGUGUCGCCUCUUUGACUCUUUUGCUUCGUGUCUCCUCUUCGUCUCUUGUUUCGUGUCUCCUUUUCAUCUGUUUUGCUACAUAUCUUCUCUUCGACUCUUUUGCUUCAGGUCUCGUCUUCGACUCUGUUGCUUCGUGUCUCCUCUUCGUCACUUUUGCUUCGUGUCUCCUCUUCGUCACUUUUGCUCCGUGUUACCUCCUCGCCUCUUUUGCUUCGUGUCUCCUUUUCGACUCUUUUGUUUCGUGUCUUCUCUUCAUCUCUUUUGCUUCGUGUCACUUCUUCGUCUCUUUUGCUUCAUGUUUCCUCUUCCGCUAUUUCGCUUUGUGUCUCCUCUUCGUCUCUUUUGCUUCGUGUCUCCUCUUCAUCUUUUUUGCUUCGUGUCUCUUCUUCAUCUCUUUUGCUUCGUGUCUCGUCUUCAUCUCUUUUGCUUCGUGUCUCGUCUUCAUCUCUUUUGCUUCGUGUCUCUUCAUCUCUUGCUUUGUGUCUCUUCUUCAUCUGCUUUCCUUCAUAUCUCCUCUUCGUCUCUUUUGCUUCAUGUCUUCUCUUCGUCUCUUUUGCUUCGUGUCUCCACUUCGUCACUUUUGCUUCGUGUCUCCACUUCGUCACUUUUGCUUCGUGUCUCCUCUUCCUCUCUUUUGUUUCAUGUCACCUGUUCGUCUCUUUUGCUUCAUGUCUCCUCUUCGUCUCUUUUGCUUCGUGUCGCCUUUUCGUCUCUUUUGCUUCGUGUCGCCUCUUCGUCUCUUUUGCUUCAUGUCUCCUCUUCGUCUAUUUGCUUCCUAUCUCCUCUUCGUCUCUUUUGCAUCAUGUCUUCUCUUCGUCUCUUUUGCUUCGUGUCUCCACUUCGUCACUUUUGUUUCGUGUCUCCUCUUCCUCUCUUUUGUUUCGUGUCACCUCUUCGUCUCUUUUGCUUCAUGUCUCCUCUUCGUCUCUUUUGCUUCGUGUCUCCUCUUCGUCACUUUUGCUCCAUGUUACCUCCUCGCCUCUUUUGCUUCGUGUCUCCUCUUCGACUCUUUUGUUUCGGGUCUCCUUUUUGUCUCUUUUGCUUCGUGUCACUUCUUCGUCUAUUUUGCUUCAUAUUUCCUCUUCCGCUAUUUCGCUUCGUGUCUCCUCUUCAUCUCUUUUGCUUCGUGUCUCCUCUUCAUCUUUUUUGCUUCGUGUCUCUUCUUCAUAUUUCUUGCUUCGUGUCUCGUCUUCAUCUCUUUUGCUUCGUGUCUCUUCAUCUCUUGCUUCGUGUCACCUCUUCAUCUGCUUUGCUUCAUAUCUCCUCUUCGUCUCUUUUGCUUCAUGUCUCCUCUUCGUCUCUUUUGCUUCGUGUCUCCACUUCGUCACUUUUGCUUCGUGUCUCCUCUCCGGCCAUUUUGCUUCGUGUCUCAUAUUCUACCCUUUUGCUUCGUGUCUCCUCUUCAUCUCUUUUGCUUCGUGUCUCCUCUUCAUCUCUUUUGCUUCGUGUCUCGUCUUUAUCUCUUUUGCUUCGUGUCUCGUCUUUAUCUCUUUUGCUUCGUGUCUUCAUCUCUUGCUUCCUGUCUCCUUUUCAUCUGUUUUGCUUCGUGUCUCCUCUUCGUCUCUUUUGCUUCGUGUCUUCUCUAG